AUGGCGACCUUCCCGCAGUACCCAACUCACAUCAGCGACAAGUCUCCCAAAUUCCAAGAAACUGCUUCGAAAUGGACCAAUAUUCUUGCAGAAUUUGCUGGAGCUUCCUUAGAGGCAGCUUCGGAGAGUAAAACGUUGAGUGCGCUUGAAAAGCAUACCGCGGCACAAUUGCUUGCGCGGGAUAGGAUUGCUCUUCUACGGGAUCCAGGAACUCCAUUUUUGGAACUUUGUGCUUUUGCGGGGCAUAGGCUAAAAGACUCUUCUCCUUCAGCGAGCGUAGUUGCUGGCAUUGGCGUCGUAAGUGGCAUUAUAUGUGUGCUUUUCGCACAUAUCCCUUCGCUCCAAGGAGGAGCCUGGAACGAGUAUACGGUCCUAAAACAAAACCGUAUUACAGCUAUCGCCACGGAAAACAACUUGCCUCUGAUUGCACUUGUACAGUCUGCUGGUGUCUUUCUUCCACAGCAGUUCAAAGUCUUUCACAAAGGUGGCCAGAUCUUCCGGGACCUCGCGCUUCGGUCCAAGAAUAAGCAAUCAAGUUGUGCGGUCGUCUUUGGCUCAUCCACAGCGGGAGGUGCAUAUCAUCCUGCUCUUUCAGAUUAUACAAUUUUUGUUCAGGAUCAGGCUCAAGUAUUCCUUGGCGGCCCUCCUUUGGUUAAAAUGGCUACGGGAGAGGUCAUAGGUGCUGAGGAGUUGGGGGGUGCGGAUAUGCACUCCACUAUUACCGGACUUUCAGAUCAGCUUGCAGUUGACGAGUUUGAUGCAAUUCGGAAAGUAAAGGAAUGGGUUUUCACGACUUCAGCGGCCCAGGCUCAGCUAUCACAGACUAAACUUGUUCGGGAAACUGUCAAUCCAAAAUACAGUAUGGAAAGCCUUUUGGGUAUCAUUGAUCCUGAUACGAGACAAUCGCUGGAUAUGAUGGAGGUCUUAUUGAGAAUUGUGGAUGACUCGCGCAUCGAGAUCUUCAAACCCGCAUAUGGAAAAGGCAUGAUCACAGCUUGGGCAUACAUCCAUGGCCAUUUGACUGGAAUCAUCGCGAAUCAGACUCCGAUUAUCCUCCCAAACGAGGCGGAUAAGGCUACGCAGUUCAUCCGUCUGUGCAACCAAGGGCGAAACCCCAUUGUUUUCCUUCAUAACGUAACGGGGUUCAUGGUUGGGCUGAAAUCAGAGCGAGCAGGUCUGAUCAAGAAAGGUGCCCAACUCGUGAGCGCAGUCAGUACAAGUUCAGUGCCACAUAUUAGCAUUAUCUGUGGCGCAUCUUACGGCGCUGGAAACUAUGCAAUGUGCGGACGGGCCUAUGCUCCUCGUUUUCUAUUCUCUUGGCCAACGAGCAAGUGCUCUGUCAUGGGUCCAGACCAGCUAGGGGGAGUGAUGGAAACAAUAGAACGAGGGGCUGCGGCUCGUGGUGGGCGAAUGGUCGAUGAGUCUGAACUGAAGGCAAAGGUUGAAAAGUUCAGCGCGCAAGUUCGAAAAGAUUCGGAAUCUCUCCGGACAUCGGCACAUUUGCUAGAUGAUGGAGUGAUCGAUCCUAGGGAUACGAGAGAUGUGUUGGGAAUGUGUCUAGAAGUCGUCAAACUCGACCCGAUAGAAGGCAAUGUAGGCUUCCGUGGCCUUGCAAGGAUCUAA